GCGCUGGCUGUGGAGCAUCAUGAUGGCUUCCAUGAAGCGUCCAUUGAUCUUGGGUUGCGGUCUUCCCCAGGAAUUUUGGGCCCCACUUGGUCGCUGGGCAAUCUCGCCUGUGCCCGUGAUUGUGGAUUUUUGGUGAUCAGUCCAGCCUUCUACCCCGGAUUUUCGUCCCUGACUUCCGGGCCGGAAACCGGGGAGCUUCUUGACCACAAAAAAGCUGGCGAAAAAAUUCAGCACGGCUUCUCGUCCACAAACCGCCGCCAACAGCACCAAAAUCCAUUGUCAUGCCUAUCCCCACCCAGCGUUGGGCAAAGCAUGAAUUCACUUACACCAACAUGGGAUGCCUCCCGCCAACACUGCAGCCCCUGCAUACUCAUGCUUGCGCUCACUGCAUGCGGCACAGUCCAUUGACCAAUCCAGCGGGUUCCUGGUCGCUUGAUCCAUGGCUCAUUUCGAUUUUCUGGGCUACCUUGCGAACGCUCAGAGCAUGGAAGGUGAUGACACCGCUUCUCCGUCUGUGCGCAAAGCUGUCACCAAACGCUAGAUUCGAGAAGCUGUGCUCUUCUAAUCGAGCAAGUUCGGACGGCGAACAUCAGACUUCCAAACUUCCUCGGUUCCCCGCAAGCAAUCCGAUCAGAUGGCCAUCAGUCCGAACCGGGCUGAUGCAAUGGCAAUAUCAGGCCAUCGGCGAUUGGUCGUCUAGCUGUAUCCCACCAUUUUCCCGUUUUACCAUCCGGGCCUUCUUAGUUGGGUCAAUCUUCCGGAAGGCCUUGCAGAGAACGUCUGUCCUGUACUGUACUGUACUGUACAUACAUACACUGGCAGGUAGGUACUGCACACCUGAAAACCCCAACAUCUGACGGUUUGUCUGUCCUGUGCAUCCAUGUCGGCUCGAAUCCAUGAUCCUUGAUUCUCGUUCCGGUCGAUUGGCACACCCAGGUCUAGCGAAAUUCGACCGUGGAUGUCUACGAGGACUGUAGUAGCGACCUGCUCAAAAAUAG